AUGUCAGAUCAACAGCCACAACAAAGACAACAACAAUCUCAACAAAGACAAUAUAGAAGAAGGAAUAACCAAAGUGGUACAACAAAACAAGAAGGUCCUAAGAAGGAAGCCAUUUUGAACUUAAAUAAAUAUAAAGAUCAAGAGAUAAGAGUAAGAUUGAUAGGGGGUAGACAAGUCUGUGGUAUUCUCAAAGGAUUCGAUCAAUUGAUGAACUUGGUAUUAGAAAAUGUUAAAGAAAAUAUCAGGGAUCCUGAAGAUGAUACUGUAUUAACAAAGGAAACACGUGAUCUUGUCGAAGAAGGAUUGAACCAUUUGCCAGUUGAAGAAGCUAUUAUUACAUGUCAUGGUGGGAAUAAAUAUAAAGGAGCUCGUUUUGUUGGAAAAAUUUGUGGAGUGUCAAUUGUUAGAGCUGGUGAAUCAAUGGAAAUGGGAUUAAGAGAUUGUUGUCGUUCGGUACGAAUUGGUAAAAUUUUAAUUCAACGUGAUGAAGAUACUGCUUUACCUAAAUUAUUCUAUGAAAAGUUACCUGCUGAUAUUAGCGAGCGUUAUGUAUUUUUAUUAGACCCAAUGUUGGCAACUGGAGGUUCGGCAAUGAUGGCUGUUGAAGUCUUGUUAUCAAGAGGAGCUAAAAUGGAUAGGAUAUUCUUCUUGAAUUUAUUAGCUGCACCCGAAGGUAUCCAGGCAUUCCAUGACAAAUAUCCAGAGAUCAAAAUCAUUACUGGAGGAAUCGAUGAAAGAUUAGACGAACAUAAAUAUAUUAUUCCUGGAUUAGGUGAUUUUGGGGACAGAUAUUAUUCUAUUUAA